AUGGUAAGUUCUUUUGAAGAGAACUUCAGAGUUAAUUCUAUUACAGCAUAUAAUGAGAAAAACAAAUUCGAUUCAACAUAGUCUAGAGAAACUUAAAUUGUUUAUGAGGCUAUUGUUAAUUGUUUAGAAAAAGCUACAGAAUUAGGAGUUAAAUCUAUUGCCUUCUCUGUUAUGGAUUAAUAACUCAUACAAAUUACAAGAAGUAAAUUGGCUUCAGUUAUGCUUUUUGCAAUCAAAACUUUCUUGAGAGACAAUAUUAGCAAAACUACCUUAGUAGAAAUUAGAAUUUCAUCAUGUGAAGCUCCAUCAUUCAAAAUUUAUAGAACCUAUAUGAAUUAAAUUUUAAAUGAUUAGGGUGAAACUACUAUAGAAAAACUCUUUUAAUAAGAAGAAUAAAUUUAUUAAUAAGAAUUCAAAAUUGUCAGUUAGAGUGAUAUCAAGAAAGAUGAUAUUCGAAAAUUUUGCAAUGGAUGUUAGGAAGGAGAUUAUCAAGCUAAAGAUUUUAAAAGUUCUUUUUGA